AUGGCCGACAUUGAACGGGGCUACAAAGGCCCAGAGGCAUCGACUGGCGAUGAAGAUACCCAGUCCUCAAAGGGAUCAGCAAACGUCGGGCAGGAACACCUUGCUGGUGUGACUCCUCCUCAUGAGUCGUACGAGGGAUACCAUAGAUUUGACCCGACAGCAUCUUGGUCAGUCAAAGAGGAGCGCAAGGUGAUAUUCAAAACAGACAUGUUCCUGCUGACCUGCUUGUGUCUCAUGUUCUUCGGGUUGCAACUGGAUCGCGGAAAUUUGUCCAAUGCGCUGACAGACAAUCUUCUCGAUGAUUUGAAUCUAACAAGUAAUGACUACAACAAUGGAACAACCAUACAGCUUCUCUGCUUCUUAGCAGCGGAAUUCCCUGUCCAGCUGUUGAUCAAACGUUACGGCUUCAAGCGCGUCUUGCCGCUUAUGAUGCUUGGAUGGAGUCUGGUAUCGUGGACCCAGGCCUGGAUGACAAGCAGAUCCUCGUUCUACGUCACGCGAGCACUGAUCGGAGCGUUCGAGGGAGGAUUUAUUCCCGGAACAAUCUUAUUUGCGACAUAUUUUUACAAGACGCGGGAGCUAUCCGUCCGUUUGGCCUUCUUCUGGUCAACCCUAAAUGUUGCACGCAUCAUUUCUUCUCUCCUCGCAGCAGGCAUCCUCGAAAUGCGAGAUGUCAAGGGAAAACCAGGUUGGUUCUGGCUUUUCCUCAUUGAUGGUCUCAUCACCUUCGUGAUUGGUCUUGUCAGCUAUUUCUACCUUCCCAGCUCCCCAACCAACACCAAGAGCGUGCUCUGCCCUAAAGCAUGGUACACCGAGCGCGAGGAAACCAUCAUGAUUAACCGCCUCCUCCGCGACGACCCCUCUAAAGGCCUCACGCACAUCAACGAAGGCGCCACCCUCAAAGACGUUCUCAACGCCUGGAGCGACAAAUCCAUGUGGGGUCUCUAUCUAAUCGGCCUCGUCGCCUACAUCCCCCAAGGCCCGGUCCAGGCCUACCUCUCCCUCACGCUCAAACGCCUCGGCUUCUCGACCUUCGACUCAAACAUGCUCUCGAUCCCGUCCGCCGUGCUACAGAUUAUCCUCAUGCUCAUCCUUUCCAAGAGCAGCGAGUUCUUCGGCGAGCGUACCUUCCACUGCUUCGUGGGUGAAUUGUGGAGUUUGCCUCUCCUGGCCGCGCUGUUGGGUCUUCCGGCCCACGGGUACAAUUGGCCUCGGUUUGCGAUUACCACGCUCAUCUCGGGAUAUCCGUAUUUCCAUCCGAUUGUCUCGGCGUGGAUCUCGGAGAAUACGUUCGAUGUUAAGAAGAGGGCGAUUACUGCGGCGACGUAUAAUGUCAUCGUGCAGGUUGGGUCGGUGAUUUCGUCUCGUGAGUUGUUCCCUCCCUUCCUCCCCAGUGUGUUAGAUAUACGGAAAUGA